GGGCCUGAGUGCGCCUGCGCAGUGCGCUCCACUCAGGGAGGCGGAGGCGAGGCGCCGAAGGGAAGAUGGAAGACUACCAGGCUGCCGAGGAGACUGCUUUUGUUGUUGAUGAAGUGAGCAACAUUGUAAAAGAGGCCAUAGAACGUGCCAUCGGUGGCAACGCCUAUCAGCACAGCAAAGUGAAUCAGUGGACCACAAACGUAGUGGAGCAAACCUUAAGCCAGCUCACCAAGCUGGGGAAACCGUUUAAAUACAUUGUGACCUGUGUAAUCAUGCAGAAGAACGGAGCGGGCCUGCACACGGCAAGUUCCUGCUUCUGGGACAGCUCUACUGAUGGGAGCUGCACUGUGCGAUGGGAGAACAAGACCAUGUACUGCAUUGUCAGCGCCUUUGGACUGUCCAUUUGACCGCCCUGUCCAGCCUGUGAUCCUUCUCCUUUUGUCCCAGCAUUUCUCUUCCAUCUUCUAACCACCAGCCAUCUAGUCAGUGAUCACCUGUCUCACUCUCUUUAAGUGUUUUUGUGGCGCUCUCAAAAUGUAGAGAAAAAAACCAAAUGACCACACUGUUCUGUGACCUGCACACCCUAAGUCAGAGGAGUCAUCACCGAAGGUAGUCAGGAGCCUGUCCUGCCACUUGUCUUAACUUUGAAUGUUUCUUUUCAAAGGUGCUAAAAGCCGAAAUCUGCUAGUGUGAAACUUUCUCUACUCUCUGAAAUGAUUCAAAUACACUAAUUUUCCAUACUUUGUACUUUUGUUAGAAUAAUAAAUUAUUCCAAUUUAAA